CCGAUUUGUUGUUGUUAGCUAAGGAAAAUCCGUGGCCCUUUUUUUCAGCUCAUUCUUCGUUUUCAUCAUGCAAUCUCUCAAUAGCAUGAAAAUACCAGGAGACACUGAUCCUCUGCGUAUUAUAUCAGUAGCAGCAAAGGAUGGUAGAACCGGUCAAGACAUUCAGUUGAAAUAUACCAAUUACAAAAUUAUUGGUAAUGGCUCUUUUGGUGUGGUUUAUCACGCCAAACUUGUUCAGGGUGGCGAAGACACCGCCAUCAAGAAAGUCAUGCAGGAUAGGCGAUUUAAGAACCGUGAACUCCAGAUCAUGCGUGUACUAGACCACCCUAAUAUUUGUUCUUUGCGCGCUUAUUUCUACAGUCAAGGAGACACAAAGAAAGACGAAGUUUACCUCAAUCUCGUCAUGAAAUACAUGCCGGAAACUCUUUAUCGGGCAUCUCGCCACUACGCUAAAGUCAAACAACAAAUGCCGAUGCAACAAAUCAAGCUUUACAUAUAUCAGUUGUUUCGAGCACUGGCAUACUGUCACUCGCUCGGCAUUUGCCAUCGUGAUCUUAAGCCACCGAACUUGUUGUUGGAUCCAGUUACAGGAGUUUUGACCCUUUGCGACUUUGGCAGUGCCAAGAUUUUAGUGCAGGGAGAGCCCAACGUCUCGUAUAUUUGCUCAAGAUACUAUCGAGGACCAGAGCUUAUUUUUGGAGCGACAAAUUAUACUACAGCUAUCGAUAAUUGGUCGGUUGGAUGUGUUACAGCAGAAUUGUUGCUAGGAACGCCGCUCUUUCCUGGCGAAAGCGGUAUUGAUCAACUGGUUGAGAUUAUCAAGGUGCUCGGUACGCCCACCAAAGAGCAAAUUGCCACAAUGAAUCCUAAUUACACCGAACAUAAGUUCCCACAAAUCAAACCACACCCAUUCUCCAAAGUUUUCCGAUCACGCACUCCGCCUGAGGCUAUCGAUUUGAUCUCCCAUCUAUUGCAGUAUAACCCUCAUAGCCGUUUAACGGCUAUAGAAGCUAUGAUCCAUCCUUUCUUUGAUGAAUUGCGACAUCCCGACACCCGUAUGGCAAAUGGUCGUGAACUUCCUCCCCUCUUUAAUUUUACUCAGCACGAACUUUCCAUCCGUCCUGAUCUCAUACCACAACUGGUACCUGCACACUGUGAGCAAGAGCUCUACUCACGAGGUAUCGAUCUGAAUAACUUCGUACCAAUACCAGCCGAAAAACUUCGAUUGGUAUCCUUGGAUUAGACAAAAGGAGCAUACACCCCCAAUAGGAUGAUCUCUGUCGUGAGCAAGGUAGAUGCCUCCGGACAACUCAACAACCAAAAAAAAAAUUUUUGGAUCCUCCCCUCCCUUUUUUUUGUUAAGACUGAAAGACAUAUCAACCGUGACAAGUCAUCGGUUUGUUGCUUACUAUGUCUCUUUUCUUCCCAUAAACUGUUAUAGUCCGCCCUCUCUCACCUUUUUUUCUUGCUAAUAUUCUUUCUAUGAAUUCAUUCAUACACCAGUAUGGAUACCAUGUGUAAUAAAGUGACUUUAACCGGUGUGUGCACAUCGGAUGAAUCAAGUAU